AUGGACGUUACCUUUGAGGCGAAGAACGGCUCGUUCACCCUAGAGGUGUGGUACUUCGCGACCGUGAAGCAGAUGAAGGAGAUGAUCCACAAGCGCUACCGCCACCUCCCGGUGAAGGCCCAGCGGCUUUUCUUCAAUGGCAAGGAGCUUGACGACGACCGCAAUACCGAGCACUACGGUAUCAUACAGGGGUCAAGCAUCCGCCUUGAACUGCUGGCAAGCUUGACCAUGUUACCUUUGUGA